GAGAGAAAGGUCUUCCUUUGCUGUUGGUUCACCCUCCAUUGGCCGCUGCGGCCGGCACACCGCGCUGAUCUGAAGGCAGGAGCCAGGUGCUUCUCCUGGUCUCCCAUGGGGUGCAGGGCCCAAGCACUUGGGCCAUCCUCCACUGACUCCCGGGCCACAGCAGAGAGCUGGCCUGGAAGAGGGGCAACUGGGACAGAAUCCGGCGCCCCGACCGGGACUAGAACCCCGUGUGCCGGCGCCGCAAGGCGGAGGACUAGCCUAGUAAGCCGCGGCGCCGGCCCCCCCCUUCUUAUUAAUUUUUGAGUUUUUAUUUUUUGAAAGAUUUAUUUUAAAGACAGAGUGAUAGUGGAAGAGAGCUUCCCUCCGGUGAUUCAUUCCCUGUUGCCUGCAACAUCUAGGGCUUGGCCAGGCCAAAGCCAGGAGCCAGGAACUCCAUCCACAUCUGCCCCGUGGGUGGCAUGAACCCAAGUACUUGGGCCAUCUCCUGCUGCCUCCCAGGCAUAUUAGCAGGAGGUAAGAUUGCAAACAGAACCAGACCUCAACCCUAGGCACUUCCAUAUGGGAUGUGGGUGUCCCAAGUGGUGGCUUAAACUAUUGCAUCACGACAUCUGCCCCAUUCCUCACUGUUUAAAAGGCAGCUUUCUUGGACCAGCCAAAAAUACGUAAAUAGUGAUGAAGCACAUCCUCUGCUUACUGGUGAGGUUUUUUUUUUUUUCUUUUCUUUUUUUGAUUUAUUUAUUUGAGAGGUUACAGAGAGAGAGGGAGGGAGAGAGGGAGAGGUCUUCCAUCUGCUGGUUUACUCCCCACAUGGCUGCAACAGCUGGCCAAUCUGAAGCCAAGAGCCAGGAGCCUCCUCUGGAUCUCCCAUGUGGGUACAGAGACACAAUCACUUGGGCUAUCUUCUGGUGCUUUCCCAGGCACAUUAGCAGGGAGCUGGAUCAGAAGUGGAGCAGCCAGGCUGCUGCUGGCGCCACAGGUGAGGCUUAACCUACUAUGCCACAGUGCUUAGCUCCCUGGUGAGUUUUAAUGGAUAACUGUCUCUGGGUCUCUGUAGUUUACAGAAUGGAAGAGUUAAUAUGUAAUGGACAGUGGUUGUGAGAUUCAGGCAUUUCCCAGCACGGAACCUCCGUGUAUAACUUCCACAAAUUUUGUACUUCUUUAUCUUUACAAUGAGGGUGAUAGCUCUAAAUCAAGGUAAUAUACAUAAAGAACCUAGGGCAGUGCUUCACAGUGGGCAUUAGAUAACACUGGCUCUUUUUACUUGCCUAAAAAACUUCAGGUCAUAAAAAGUAGGAAGUAACAACUUCUCCUUUUCUUGAAGUGUUCAUUUUUCCUUUAAAUAUAUUUAGAGAAUAAAUUCCAUCCCCUCUAAGUUUUCUCAGCUUCUGAAGGUGGGAGUAGGCACUCUUCCCCUGCACUCACAGUAGCGUGGGCCCUGCCCUUUCCAGCAGCUCAUCAUUCUGUGUUUUGGAAGUUGAAUACAAUUCCUGGUACACAGUGGAUCCUCAGUAAUCAUCUGUCUUAGAGUUGUCUUGAAAGGAGAUAAAGUGUUCUUUUUUGCCUUCUUGAUCACCUGAAAAACUGUAGUAGAGAAAAAAACGACUUUAUUUAUUUACUCAGGGAACUUGGUUUGCUUUUGAAGAAUAGCUGAUAUUUUAUGGAUAAGGAAUUUAGGUAUUAGCAACUGGCUUAACAUCUUAAUGCCUUUUAGUUUGUUCCUUGAUGUUAAAAUUUUUUGAAUUUUUAAAAAGAUUUAUUAUUUGAAAGGCAGAGUUACAGAGCAGCAGAGAGAGAGAAGUGUUUUCCAUCUGCUGGUUCACUCCCCAAAUGGCCACAACAGUUGGAGCUGGGGCAAUCUGAAGCAAGGAGCCUGGUGCUUCUUCCGGUCUCUUGGGGGCAUGUGGGGCCUAAGGACUUGGGCCGUCUUCUACUGCAUUCCAGGCCAUAGCAGAGAGCUGGAUUGGAAUUGGAGCAGCCAGGACUGGAACCAGUGCUCAUAUGGGAUGCCGGCACUGCAGAUAGCAGCUUUACCUGCUAUGGCAAUUGAAAUGAAGGCAAUGAUUCCAGGAGGGCUUCGUGUAUGGACCUCAAGCGUUGGAGGUAGCAGACUUUUCAGCAGAAGAAAAGAUGAAAAGGAGUAUGCACUGAAGCAGAUUGAAGGCACAGGAAUAUCCAUGUCGGCUUGUAGAGAGAUUGCACUUCUGCGGGAACUGAAGCACCCCAAUGUGAUCGCACUGCAGAAGGUGUUCCUUUCCCACAGUGACAGGAAGGUGUGGCUGCUUUUUGAUUAUGCAGAGCAUGACUUGUGGCAUAUUAUUAAGUUUCACCGUGCAUCAAAAGCAAAUAAAAAGCCCAUGCAGUUGCCAAGAUCCAUGGUUAAAUCAUUACUUUAUCAGAUUCUUGAUGGUAUCCAUUACCUCCAUGCAAACUGGGUGCUUCACAGAGACUUGAAACCAGCAAAUAUCCUAGUAAUGGGAGAAGGUCCUGAGAGGGGGAGAGUCAAAAUAGCUGAUAUGGGUUUUGCCAGAUUAUUCAAUUCUCCACUAAAGCCACUAGCAGAUUUGGAUCCUGUGGUUGUGACAUUUUGGUAUCGUGCUCCAGAACUUUUGCUUGGUGCAAGGCAUUAUACAAAAGCCAUAGACAUAUGGGCGAUAGGUUGCAUAUUUGCUGAAUUGUUGACUUCAGAACCUAUUUUUCACUGUCGCCAGGAAGAUAUUAAAACAAGCAAUCCCUUUCAUCACGAUCAACUAGAUCGGAUAUUUAGUGUCAUGGGAUUUCCUGCAGAUAAAGACUGGGAAGAUAUUAGGAAGAUGCCAGAAUACCCUACACUUCAAAAAGACUUUAGAAGAACAACGUACGCCAACAGCAGCCUCAUCAAGUACAUGGAGAAACACAAGGUCAAGCCAGACAGCAAAGUGUUCCUGUUGCUUCAGAAACUGCUUACCAUGGACCCAACCAAGAGAAUUACCUCCGAGCAGGCGCUGCAGGACCCCUACUUUCAGGAGGACCCAUUGCCAACACUAGAUGUGUUUGCUGGCUGCCAGAUUCCAUACCCCAAACGGGAAUUCCUUAAUGAAGAUGAACCAGAAGAGAAAGGUGACAAGAACCAGCAACAGCAGCAGAACCAGCAUCAGCAGCCCACAGCCCCUCCCCAGCAGGCAGCCGCCCCUCCACAGGUGCCCCCACCACAGCAGAACAGCACCCAGACCAAUGGGACUGCAGGAGGGGCUGCGGCCGGGGUCGGCGGUGCUGGAGCAGGGCUGCAGCACAGCCAGGACUCCAGCCUGAGCCAGGUGCCUCCAAGCAAGAAGCCCAGGCUGGGGCCUUCAGGCGCCAACUCUGGUGGGCCUGGCCUGCCCGCGGAUUAUCAGCACUCCAGCUCUCGCCUGAAUUACCAAAGCAACGUUCAGGGAUCCUCCCAGGCCCAGAGCACACUAGGCUACUCCUCAUCGUCUCAGCAGAGCGCACAGUACCACCCCUCGCACCAGGCCCACCGGUACUGACCAGCCUGAGCACAGGUCCCAGCAAUACUACGUUUGCAUUGAAAAGAACCCCAAAUGCCAACUCCGAUGCCAGUUGAAACUCACACUCUUGGGAAGAAAACUUUGUAUUCUGAGCGUGUUGCCAGACUGACAGCUCCCCUUUACCGCUGUGAAGUCUCCCCAGCACCCUCGCCCGCAUGCGAUCCAUUGUGACUUCUCCGAUGAAGUGGCUGAUGGGCUCCCAGCACUUCUGUACCCUUCGGCCCUGUUUUGAAGGAUUUCCUGGUGCACCUUUCUCAUGCUAUAGCAAUCACUAUGAUUUGUCUUUCAGAGCUCUUUUAAUAGGAUUUUAAUGUUUCAGGAACAAGAGUCCAGCGGUGUAUAGUUUUGUACUUGGUGAACUGGCUUAGCAACACAGGUGGGAAAGCACCUGUGAAACGCCACGUUGUUUUCACAGACUCUUAAGUGUUUUGCUCAUGGAAGUCUUAAGCAGAAGCUGUUACUGUCCCAAAGUACUGUCCUAUGGUAUUCUUAUUUAUCUAGUUUCAGGGAAGGUCUGAGAAAGACAAGUGGUGGGACAGAAGGACCUGCAGCCCAAACCAGCCUGGGUCUGUGCAGUGACUGUGUUUUGUGCUAUGAAGAACUGAAGGAUGUGGUAAUUUUUAUAUAAUCACUCAUCUGGAACUAAGUUCCCAGAAUUUCCUUUAUUUUGAAUAAUAUUCAGCAAUGAAGAAUUAUAAUUUUUAACCUUCAUGUAGCCAAGUCUACUUUAAAAAGGGUUUCAAGAGCUUUGAUGAAAUCCAGUCUGCUGGUGACCCCCACCGGAAGCCUGCCUGAGAGAACCUUGGCUGCACUAGGGUUUCCCUCUCUGAGGAGUAAUGUUGAUGAGAGGACGCGUUCCUCCCCUGGAAGGAAGUCUUUCAGCGCGUGUUGUACAGAGUCGGCUUCUCUAAGGAACCGUGGGUGUCUUCACAUCUGGGUCUGCGUAACUCUCGCACAUAAUCAAGGCGACUCAGCUAGAAGCCUGCAAAUGAACCUGCUUUUAAAAUAAAGAACAGCGUUCUCCAUUCGUACUUGCAUUAGACACAGAGUGACUAUAUUUUAAAGCAUGUUAAAAUUUUAGGUUUUAUCCAUGUUUAAGGACGUAUCAUAUAUGCAUCAUUUUGCUGUUGUUACUGCAACUUAAUCCUAUCAAGAAUCUUUCCAUUGCACUGAAUGCUUUUGUUUGCCCCUAGGAGAAAACCUAAUAAUUGUGCCUAAAAACUAUGGGCAGAUACUAUAAGACUAUCCUAUAAGACUAUACUAGAUAAGGUGACUAUUUGCAUUUCCAUUAUCUAUGAAUUACAGGCUGAGUUGUUUCUUAGGGGAAAUGAGAAGACUUAGGGCUCCCAUCAUAAUGUAAGGGGCAAGACAUUGUUGUUCCUCUCAAUGCUCCUAGCAGCACCAGCCUUGUUGUACGUGUCCUCUUGAGCUAGAAGAAAUAGCUGAUUGUGGUAUAUGCAAGCUAUAUGCAUUUUUUAAACUAUUCUUUGUGAACUUAUCUACCUGGUUAUGAUACUCUGGGUCCAUAUACAAGUAAAAUAAGAUUUUAGACAGAAGCCAGUAUACAUUUUGCACUAUUGAUGUGAUGCCGUAGCCAGCCAGGACCUUACUGAUCUCAGCAUAAUAUUGCUUAUUACCAAUAAUAAAGACUAUAAAGGCACUCAUGAAGACUGAAGGCAAAACAGGUGACGUGCUCCAUUGGAAGGAAUUUCUGAUCAUCUCCAGGGUCUUUGUACCCCUUCUACUUUUCAAAAUAGGAGGUGAACAGCCCACUGCCUAGUGUCGCUCCCUGUGGAAGCCCUGCCCAGUGCACGGAGACCUCACUCUCCUGAGCAGCCGGCCGUCAGGUGCUCACUGCACCCCCACCACGUGCCCACACAGAGGGCAGGACCCAGUUCCCGUCUGUGAGGUGCCUAGGGUGGAUUCCACCACCGUGAGCUCUCCUGGAAUGUCUAUGCCAAGUGAUCAAUAGACUGUGAGGGUCCUUUUGUUUACUCCUUAAACCCACUUGGACAGUAAUUAUUCCAAAUUCUGUUCUGCAGUCAGCAGUGUGGGAGAAGGGUUUCCAUGUCUGUCUCGAGAAAGUGGUUAAAUAUCACAAGAGGCACCUCUGUCUAUUUAUAAUGUUCACGGCAGCCACAGUCUGUGGGCCUUCUGGCGGAAACCGCUCUACUGAGUGGCUCUGGGAAAAUAUAGCGAGAACAGAAACUCUGUUCCUGCCCUUAAGGAGAGCAUGCAUUUAAUAAAGGAAGCCCAACGCAAGUCUGUACAUAAACCAAAACGCCAUGCCCGCUAGUACUUUAUAAGCCACUUUGAUAUCUUGCUCUUUUACCCCGUGCUUGUGCAGCCACGGGACCGCCCUGCUCCCCUCGUGUGUAAUGAACUGUACCGGCAGAACUAAUGCGAAUUCUUGGUGCGACGUCAGCAGUUGCUGUCAGUGCCAGGACCUAGGCAGAACCCCCAUUCCACACACGAACGGGGGUCUUAUCACUGCGCUGCACUGGCCCUCUUCCUUUUCUUGCCUCAGGGUUGGAGAUGCCCACUGAUGCCCACUGGCCUCUGAAAUAAUCGUGUUUCAUAAUUUCCCUGCUCCAUAAUGGGAAGCAAAGCCCUUAGCACACGUAAGGGCCCUAAAACCGCAGGACCUCUAAGGGGACCCGCGAAGCUUUUUGAGGGGGAACAUUCACUUUUUUGUGGGUCCCUCUUUGAAGACGUGUCAGAUCCUGUGUAGUCCCCAAGGGCUGCAGGAGGACAUCCCUCACUUAGCCUGUGGGGGCAGCAAAACCAGGGGAGGUUACUGAAAGGAAGGGGCGGUCCCAAGGGCAGCCGUUCCGCUCUGUGUUAGAGGUGGCUUGCCGGUGAGGCAUGUGUGCGGGAGAAAUCAAGGGUUUCUGGACAGAUGAGCCCACGACGAGGUAGCUUGGGGACAGGGCUGACCCUGUGAGGCAGAAACAAUCCUUGUAGUGAAGUAGAUCGUGUAGUGACAUGCAGAAACCAAGGACAUGUAUAUUUUUAUAUCUGUGGUUUUUGGACUUUAGUACUUAGAAUUUCGGCCUUCUGCACUACUCUUUUGCUCUUACAGACAGGAUUUACACUUGAGAAUGGAAAGGGACAGCAGUUACCUAGCCGUUCACUGCCCCCUUCCUAGUGAAGCAACUGCUCCUCGUUCUCCAUGCCUCUGGAACAAAGCCGUUUCCUCUGCUAGAGGUCAAGGACAAGUAGUUGGCAUGUAGGACGCGCAACUCCACCUGCCUGGGAGUACACUGAUGUAGCAGAAACUACGAUGAAGGAAGAAUUCUAUGUAAGUUGCAAAUCCCAAGCGCCCCGGUGGUGUCUUCCUGGGUUACGGGACAAGGCAGUGGAACGGUAGUCAGACUAGCUGAGGUUUGAAAGAUUCAACUACAAGUAAUAUUUUAUAUAAAACCUAGCAAUUUAGGUUCCCCUAAUCAUGAAGAAUACUCAUAAGUAUCUCAAAUAAUUUCCUUGUUUUAGGACUUUAAAAAAAAGUGUUGUACCUAAGGCCAUACUUACUCUUCUAUGCUAAUCCCUGUGAAGGAGUGCUAUGUAUUAUAUGAAAAAAAAAUCCUUAAUGCACUGUUAUCUCCUAAAUAUUUAGUAAAUUAAUACUAUUUAAUUUUUUUAAAGAUUUGUCUGUGUAGACACUAAAAGUAUUACACAAAAUCUGGACCGAAGAUGUCCUUUUUAACAACAAUUUAAAGUACUUUUUAUAUAUGUUACGUAGUGUAUCCUUUCUAAAUGGCCUGGUUUGUAUUUUCUAUAAUUCCUGUUUGUGAAGUGUACUCGUCCUUGUCUUUCUUCAGUCAUUUUCUGCACGCCUCCCUCUUUACAUGAUUAUAGAGAAGACCGUAGCUCUUCCCACUUGGCUGCAAUCCGUGUGCUUGGAGCUGCCUGCACCCCAGUGAGGCCCACUCCGUGGGGUGCAGGACAAGCUGCCACUUGGAGCUGAGUGUUUCCCACCUUUGAGUUGUCCUGACUUCCUUCUUGAAAUGACUGUUAAAACUAAAAUAAAUUACAUUGCAUUUAUUUUAUAUUCUUGGUUGAAAUAAAAUUUAAUUGACUUUG